AAAGCCCCCCUUAAAUUUUAGCGCGCCUGAUUGUACAUAUUCGGCUCUUGUACAAAGCCACCGUCGGCAGAUCGACUUCAGAAAUCAGAGUUAGGGCAAUAGUCCGCACGUCCUGCCCCGUUCCCCCUCUCUCUCGCACGCCGUCUCCUCAACUACUCUUUCGGACGGGAGCCCUGUCGCCGAUAUUCCUCUCCACGCCGACGCCGAGUUCGUCUCCCCUUUCCAAGGAUCGGAGUCCGGAGCCGUUGGCCGUUGCAAAUCGCUUUCGCUCGAUCUGCAAGGCGGCACCCCGAAAGGCUAGCUAGGAAGACAGUGGCGAUCCGAUCGGUGUACAAAGAGCUCCGAUGAUGAGGAGAUAAAAAAAGAUGCCACUCAAGCCGCUGUAAGUUUGCAAAGGUUGCCAAUUCAUCACAGUUUUUUUCUUUUGAUUUUUUGGAAGCAAACAAAGGCCUUCUGGACAUUUUAAUAUAUGGUAACAUAUUCAACAUUCUAUGACUAUUGGUUCUCAAUUUGAAGUUUCUAUUUCUCCAGGCACAUAUAGGAUUGAACUUUUGAUUUUCCUUGGAAGAACCUUGCUGCUGCAUCCUCUGCGUGAAGCUGAAUUGUUGAACAUGAAAUCAGGCCGACAGAAUCGAACAAUAAGCGAUCCAUCUGCAAAGGAUAAAUCCAAGAAAUAUGAUAAAACAGCGCUGGAGAUAUCUGUGAAAGGUGAAGGAGCUAGAAGAUCUAGCUGCAGGAAAUCUGGAACCUUAGCUGGGAAGGUUUCUAAACAGAGACGCACUACUACAGAGUCUUCUGUGAUUACAUCUAUUAGCACUCCAAAUUGGCCUCUGGAAGUUUCCACUCCCGUGGGAAUGCAAUCUCUUCAGAGUCCAAAGUUCCAGCUUCAGUUGUUUCCUAUGGAUGAUCCUACUCGCAAGCGGUUAGAGGAGAAUAAUCAUUGCCCUUACUUGGAGCUAACUAUAACAACCAAGAAGAAGAUAGCCUCAGUAAUUAGACAUCUUAAUAUGAAGUGGGGAAAUUCCAGAAGUGCAUUGGAAGAGCUCUUUCUCUUUCCUUAUAAUGCCCGUGUGGAAAGCCUGGAGAGUUAUAGAAGAUGGACUUCAAAGGACUCCAAUAUCACAGCAGCUGAAGUUCAUGCCGCCAUUGGUAAACCAGCCGUUUUUAGAUUAAGGUAUGGAUGGCUAAAUAUUCUUGAGCAAAAAAUCAGCAACUUCUCUCAAACAUCCCCCAAUUUGGCUAAAAUUCAGGAGAAGGGUGUGGAUGAUCUGGAAAAUGUGCCAUGUAAAGUAAGCCAAGAAUGCAAACCUUUGCUAGCGGAAUCACCGCUGAAACAAGAUGCUCUACAAACUGCCCCCAUGAAAACAACUCAAGCAGAGGAUAAUCUGAGGCCUGAGAAUGAUGUGAAACAUCCGUGGGUGGUUGAUUGUGUUUCAAGUAUGAGCUUUGGAGCUCUAUAUUCUAAAUUAGAAACAGCAGAAGGUUCUAAUCUUAGCCGUCAAGCUUCUCAGAAGACCUUUUUGACCAACUCUGAUUCAUUUGAUGCCUCAAUUGCGGCAUAUAUGGCGAGAUAUCAUACAGGAAACCAAUCCACCACAAUAGCCCAACCGUCUAUUCUAGAUGCUGAAGAGACUUGCAAUCCUUUCUCGUUUCAUAAGUCCACUUCUUUGAACAAAAAUUGUCGAGUUCAGUCUCAAGUGCCUCCUGUCUUCUCAGCAAGUGAAGCUUCUCAGAACCAUGCACGACUUAACAUGCUAAUUCCUCCUGUUGAGGAACUCAAUACGACAUUGAAACGUGAAGAUGAUGCACAGCCUAUCCAAGAGGAGAAUAAUCAGCUUAAUUUGGAUCGGCAAGGUGAUAAACAAGAGAAGGAAGAAAAUCAGGUCGAUCCAAAUGCGACAGAUAUUGUAAAUAACCAAUUUGAAGGACUUGAUGCGCACUGGCCACCUUCAGUUAGCUCCUGGCAAUUUCUACCUCCUCAGCAGAUUAUUAGCAGCGACAGCAAUGGCCUCAGUGGGUUUGCCUCCACCAGUCUGGACAUAUUUUAGGAAUAUAUAUAUAUAUAUAUAUAUGUAUCUUUUCUUUUAGCUAGACAUUUUCAACCUAUUAAACAGUCUGGGAGGUACUGAUGGAUGAGUUCCAAAAUGAUAUGUUUUUCCGGAUAAUUACAGACACAGCCCCUGAAAUUUUGCGGCGGCACCCAGGUGAUUUUUUUAACUAUUGAAUUGAUGCAUUUACGUGUGCCACAAUCAAAUCUUUGAG